GGAGGUGGGUGGAGUCAUCUACGAACCAAACCGUUUGUCGUUGCGAGUAUGUGUAUAUAUCUUUUAGAGUCACCACGACGCUGCUAACCAUACUUGUGACAGAAAACUGGGCUGGUUGCGAAGCUGGAUCAGCGAAGUUUCGUCUGUGGACUCUGCCUUGUGUUCUGGGUGCUGCUAUCCCCAAGAGGACCGAUCCUUGAACAAGCUCCCCUCUCCCCCUCUCCCUCCUCCACAGGGAGUACAUAGCACUGGUUGCUCCACCUCACCUAGAGAGUGGCAGACUACCUCGACUGACUCUGGCACUGGGACACCUAUAGAUAUGGGACUUCUGCUGCCUUUCAGUUGCUGUAGAAUAAGACGGAGACGAACAUCACUUGUGACUCGGGUCCUGGGACUCCUGCUGGUGGUGGUGGGCUUCACCUGGCUCACCUUCCUGGUAUUACAGGCCAGGCAAGAGGGUCUCCAGUUGGAAUCACAGCCACACAAACUGAGUUCUGUAGACUACGACGUGUUCAGAUCAAAUGAAAACCACAACAUCAUUCGUAGCGUUGACAUAGGUCGAAGUAAGGAUAGCAACAGUAAUAACAGUGCAGUACAUAGAUUAGCGUUAACAAACGGGAGACUUCCCAAAGGUAUAGACAUUCCAGUGCCCCCCAUCCACAAGGAAAACAAUAACGCCGCAAAGAAGGAUUUCACUUCCCCUUCAUUGUCGUCAUCCUCCAAGACAGAAAAACAUGGGGAUAGGAAACAGAACUCCAGCGAUCCUUCCUCUAUCCCGCUGGUGCACAACACGGCCGAGAAGCAGCAACAGACGAAGCAAGAGACACAGGAUCACGUCACGCUGGACCUGCUCCCGAGCCAGAACGGCCCAAACUCUCUCCAGAUACUGAGAGACAGACUCCACAAGGCAAACCGGGAGCAAGUGGUGCUGAAUGCAGACAAGUACCCCGCGCUGGCCUCCGACGGGAUUGUGCUGAUCGUCCAGGUCCACCGCAGAGAAGGCUACCUGCAGCAGCUCUUCAACUCCAUGAGGAAUGUGCGGGGAAUUGAGAAGGUGCUCCUGGUAAUCAGUCAUGACUACUACUAUGAUGACAUGAUGAAGCUCAUGCAGACGGUUGAUUUCUGCAGGGUGACCCAGAUAUUCUACCCUUUCUCCCUGCAAGCCUACCCUGAUCAGUUUCCCGGACCAUCCAGGAACGACUGCCCGCGUGACAGCACAAAAGAACAAGCUCAGGCAAUGAACUGUACAAACGCCAACUACCCAGACGAAUACGGCCACUACAGAGAAGCAAAGAUAACAGCCGUCAAACACCAUUGGUGGUGGAAGGUAUACACAAAUCCAUUUUUACACGCGGGUGUGACUCAAUAGAAAUUCAAUGAUAUAUGCUACUAGCUCAGCUCAAUUAUGGCAAUAUUAGACCCACAACAGGUGUCUAUGCCUAAUCCAAUACCACUUUGCAGUCUCAAUGGCAGGUGGUGUCGUUUUGCUGGGCAGGGAUCCAUAGUAAUACAUGCAGCUAAUGGUGUCGACGUGUGCAGAUGUAUUGUUGCAAGUUGGGGGAGGGAGAGACAAUGUAAUUGUGCCUGGCUCCUCAAUACCACCGGUGGUUUUACAGUCCGACACCAGUAAUAGACCGUGGGUCUCGGUUGUGGUAUGAGAUCGGUACCACAUGCUUCGGUCUCCGAGACAUCUCUCCUGUUUCUUUGGUUGUGUGUGAACCAGACUGUCUGAAUUAGUGAUAGGCUGAGGUUAAAACCACUAAAAUGUUGGAGCGACUCCCACUUGUCUGAAUAAUGUUUACAACAGACAAGUGAAGAAAAGCUCUCUCCCUCUCUCUCCCUUCCUCCCUCCAGCUAAACAUGGUGUUUGAUGGGAUGAGAGCCACCAAGGACUUCAAUGGCUAUGUCGUGUUUCUUGAAGAAGACCACUACCUAUCUCCGGACUUUCUCUACAUGACUGAGAAGCUGAUUGCUUUGAAAGAGGAGAAAUGCACCGACUGUGACUUUAUCAAUUUGGGGAUGUACACUGCAGUCAAGGGGGUCAGCAGCUUGACACACAGGGUAUCUGUUGGAAUAUGGAAUGCUGGAAAGAACAACAUGGGCUUUGGAAUAAACAGGAAAACUUGGGAGCAGAUAAAGUCCUGCAAAGAGCACUUUUGCACCUAUGAUGACUAUAACUGGGACUGGUCCAUCAACUCUAUGGGGCAGUCGUGUCUCCAGAGAAACCUAAAGGUUCUGGUGGUCAAGGCACCCAGGAUUUUCCACAUAGGGAACUGUGGCGUGCACCACAGAAAGGAGUGCAACGAACGGAAAGAUGCUCAGAAAGUGGAGCAGUUGCUACAGAGCCGGAGAAACACUCUCUUCCCCGAGUCACUUCAUCUGGACAUGGGUCUGAACCCCGGACCCUCCCGCAAGAAGGUCAAGCCCUACGGAGGAUGGGGCGACAUUAGGGAUCGAAACCUCUGUCUCAGUUUUGUAGACAACGCAUUACGAACUACACUAUAGCAUCACCCUCUCUAUUUUCUUGUGUGUCGUUUGUGUAAUCUCUAUGUUGUGCUGUUCUGUUUAUUUAUC